AUGGUACGUCCUCAUUCAAGCUCUGGCACGCAGCCAGCUCCCGUCUUGCAGCAGUAUCAUCGAGGAGACAGAGACAAAGGGCCAGGGAAACGGCUAGCACACGCAGACACAGACGUUGAAUGCGAUGGGCAGGAUGCACAGCCAUUCUGGAGAGGCCCAGCAGCGGCAGCCCGCAGGCGAGGGACAAACGCAACUGCCGAGGCAACGUGCCCUCCUCCAGUCACGGCAGUAAGGAACCGCCCUUCUGCCGAGACCUGCGGAUUACAGGAGCCUCGUUACUACUGCUUUUUAUCUGCAUGUAAAGAAAGCUGGUGGAGGGUUAAGAUUCCUCUUUGUAGCUUCAGGGUUCGGAUCUUGAAUCGUGCUUUGAAAUGGGUAUCAAGCUUCCCAGUAGCUGUGCUGACCAAGCAGUUUUUUUUCUUAUCACUGUUUCAGCCCCAAGAUGAAAUAGAAGUUGAAGAUGGGUUUAAACAGUAUGAUGUGAUUAGUGCAUUAGAUAUGGAAGCUAUGAUGAGUACCAUAAACGCUUGGAUAAAAAACCCAGUCAAGUUCGAACGUUCUCAUGGGAUCAACAACACACUGGAUGCCCAGAUCUUACAGGAUAAGGAGGGAAGAGAUGAAACAAUCCACAUUCUUAUUGUUGAAGGCUUCCUACUUUACACCUACAGGCCGCUGAUUGACGUAUUCCACCACCGGUACUUUCUUUCCAUUCCGUAUGAAGAGUGUAAAAGGAGAAGAAGUUCAAGGAACUACACUGUACCAGAUCCACCUGGAUUGUUUGAUGGCCAUGUUUGGCCUAUGUAUGUAAAGCACAGGAAGAUAAUGGAAGAUCUUGGAGUUGAUGUGGUGCACUUAAAUGGAACAAAAUCAAAGGAGGAGCUGUUUAAUGAUGUGUAUGGACAGAUCCAGAAUAAGAUCGAAGAAUUACUUAACAUGCAGAAAUAAGCUGCUGAUUCUUGAGUGAAGAUGAUUCCUGUUUGCUCUGCGCUGUCUACCUGACUGCCAGUAAAGUUCCAGCUUCUGUGAAGACUCAACUCUUAAAUUCAACUUUGUUCAAUCUUCUCUUGAAACUGAGUUAUAUAUGGUCAUAAUUAAAAAGCACUUCCCACCUGUCUGUCAUCUUAA